CGAGAGGGGGAUUAAAUUAGUGAGUUAGCCAAUAAAAAGCAAGAAGAUAUUAAACUAGAUGCAUGUUUAAACAAAGAGAGGAAGUACUUGAGAAGCAAUGAAGUCUCACGUAACAUCAUUCACCUAACUUUCAUUAACUCAGGUACUACAAAAAUCACAUCCCUUUAACUGGCUCACACUUCCACAGCACAACCUAGUACUAAAGUUUCAAAUUCGGUUGUUUGGUGACAGCCAACCCUUAAUACCACAUCACAACUCUAUAUAUUAUGCCCCUAUUCUUUUAAUUUAUACAACACUGUGAAAUCAAGAUGAAGCUUGCAUUUGCAAUACUCCUUCUUGUCCUCAGCUCCUCUUUAUUGGAAGUCUCAUUUGCUGGUUCUGAUUUCUGUAACAGCAAGUGUGCAGUAAGGUGCUCCAAAGCUUCGAUUCAGGACAGAUGCUUGAAGUUUUGUGGGAUAUGUUGUGAGAAAUGUAACUGUGUACCAUCUGGGACUUAUGGCAACAAAGAUGAGUGUCCUUGUUACAGAGACAUGAAGAAUUCAAAGGGCAAAGGAAAAUGCCCUUAAUUCGUAAAUUCAUGUUUCCUAUAUCAUAUCCGUGCAUAGCAUCACAAUCUAUCUAUCCUUUCUAGUUUCUACUCUACAAAACGAGCUUAUGUAUCUCUAUAAGCUUAAUUAUGUCAUGUCUUAAUGCGUGUAUCUCAGCUUGCUGAUUAUGAUUUCGCAUAUGUAUUAGAUAAUAAUAAACCAUUUAUGCUGUAUAAGAGAAUUUCAUUAUUUUCAUUAUAGUUGAA